AUGAGUAAUUCCAGUGAUCAUAAGAAGGAGGAAGGGUUUUAUAAUCAUAGAUAUCCUUCUUGUAAGGAAAAAGAACAAAAUAUGAAAGAUUUAACAAAUCAUGUUAUUCAUCAAAAUAAUAAUCAUUCUACAAACAUAAAAAAAAAUAAACAAAAUACAAAUGAUAAUUUAAAAGGCAAUUCCAUUAUGUACCAUAAUAAUAGUUACUUAAAUAUGCAUACAAAAAAAAAAAAGGAAAAAACAAAAAACAACAAAGUGGAGAAUAAUAAUUUCUACAGUUCCAUUAUGAAUGAUACAAAUCGUAUAGUAUGCUCAAACAACAUAAAAACAAAUGAAGAAAUAAAAAAUAUAAACAUAAGUAAAAAUACAAAUAUAAGUAAAAAUACAAAUAUAAGUAAAAAUACAAAUAUAAGUAAAAAUACAAAUAUAAGUAAAAAUACAAAUACAAAUAAAAAAUAUAUAGCUCUGGUGAAAAGCAUUAUACAUUCAAGCGAUGAUGCAGAUAUAUUAAGGAAAAUCAACGAGAAUAAAAAUAAUAACAAUCAUAAUGAUGGUCAUAUAGUACAAGAUAAUAAUUUUAAUAAUAUUAAUAUUAUUAAUGAACAUAUGAAAAAAAAUAAUAAAGGUUAUAACGAAAGUGAUGAUAAAACAAAAUAUCUUUCAAAUUACAAAUUAAUAAAAAAUAAAUAUAAAAAAAAAAAGGAAAAUAUUUAUAAAUCUUCACACAAAUAUUUUGAUGAAAAAUAUAAAAAUCAUACAUUUAGAAAUAAAGGAAAUAUAAAUGUUGACAAAUCUUUGGAUGAACAAAGAUAUUCAGAUGCAGAGAAUUUUAUUAUAUAUAAAGUACCAAAAUAUUUAAAGAAAAAAAAUAUCAAAUGUCCAUUUGUAUAUAGAAAGGUAUUCUUUGGAAAGUAUGGAAUAAUAAAUUAUGAUAUAAAAGGUAAUAUUACAGAUACAUUAGUAAUAACAUUUCAUGGAUUGAAUGGAUCUAAUUUAACCUUUUUAGAAAUGCAAAAUAUUUUGAUAAAAUAUAAAUUUCAAGUUCUUAAUUUUGAUUUGUAUGGACAUGGCUUAUCUGCAUGUCCCAAAUAUAAUCAUAAAAAAAAAACUUAUGGAAUUGAUUUUUUUUUAUAUCAAAUAGAAGAAUUAUUAAAUCAUUUAAAAUUACAAGAUAAAGAUUUUUAUUUAAUUGGUUUUUCAAUGGGAUGUGUUAUAGCUAUAUGUUUUGCAAAAAAAUAUAUAAAACAAGUAAAGAAAAUUAUUUUAAUAUCUCCAGUAGGUGUUUUAGAAAAAAAACCUUUUCCUCUAAAAAUAUUAAAAUUAUUUCCUUGCCUAAUUAAUUUAUCUUCUUUUUUUAUGUUACCUUGCUUUUUUUCAAAAAGGAAAUUCAAAAAAAAAGGAGAUGCUCAAAAUGAUGCAGAAAAUUUUAUGUAUAAUAGAUUUAUGUGGCAAGCAUUUGUUAAAAAAAAUAUUUCUCAUUCUAUACUAGGAUGUAUAAAUAAUUUAAAAAUGUGGAGUGCUCAUGAAAUUUUCAAAGAUGUGGGUCUUCAUGAAAUUCAAGUUUUAUUUCUAUGUGGAGAAAAUGAUCAUUUCUGUAAACCACAAGUAUUUAAAAAUGCAUCUACAUAUUUUAUUAAUUGUCAUUUAAUUAUUUUUAAAAAUGCUUCCCACUUAGUUUUAUUGGAAAAAAGUCAUGAAAUUAAUUUGUGUACCUUAACAUUUUUUCACAUGCCAAAUAAUGUAGAAUUAAAGGAUUUCCAGCAUUUAUUUCCUGUCGACAGUACAGGAAAUUAUGUUUUCAUAUCAUAA